GCCUUUAACUCCUUCCCUGCCGCAGCCAUGUCCAACAACAUGGCCAAAAUCGCGGAAGCCCGCAAGACGGUGGAACAGCUGAAGCUGGAGGUGAACAUCGACCGCAUGAAGGUGUCGCAGGCGGCGGCGGAGCUCCUGGCCUUCUGCGAGACGCACGCCAAGGACGACCCGCUGGUGACGCCGGUCCCCGCCGCGGAGAACCCCUUCCGCGACAAGCGCCUUUUCUGCGUCCUGCUCUGAGCCUUCCCGACCGCGUGCCCUCCCUCGCUAAAGUUUGAAUCCAAUAAACGUGGUGACCGGUGGUCCCCGAGGCACGCGCAGAGCCUGGAGCCACCGCGGGGGAAUCUGUGUGUCCCUUCUCACAUCUUGAGUGUGUGUGGAGUGGGGGGGGUUG